UUGAAAGAAUUUUUUUGUUUUUUGGUAAACAGAAAACAAAACAGUAUCAACCUGAUACUGAAUUAUGUUUAACUCGGCUUCUUUCAUUUCAUCUGCCAAAAUUUUAAUUGUUCCUAAUAAUCUAGUUCGUCAGUUUUACCAUGGCUCAAAGCUAUGCACCUUUAACAGAGCUUAUUCAAAACCUAAAGUGAAUCUCGUUCGUCUUCAAAAGACUUCAUUCUCUACUUCAAGCUUCUGGUUAAAAAAUGAAAACAAUCAUCGAUGGUUUAAGCUGCCUUUGCUACUAAUCGGUAUUAUUGGUGGUAGUGGAAUCUUUUAUAUUUGGUACAAUAACGAUGAACCUAAAAUUAAAGCUUUUCCAAAGCUAGCAAUCUCUGAUCAACCAGAUAAAGGAAGAAGAUCUUUCCAAGAUCGAACAGUGAUUGAAUAUGAAAACCGAAUCAGAUCAUAUUCAACACCAGAUAAAAUAUUUCGAUACUUUGCUACCAUCAGAGUUGUUUAUGACGACCAUGAAACAGAAGUAUUUAUGACGCCCGAUGAUUUCCUGAGAGCAGUUACUCCAGGUAUUAGGCAACCUGAAAAUCUGGGUCUGGAAAAAUUUCGUAAAGUUGAAGUUGGAAAGGACAAAGGGCUUAAUGACCUUCUCGCUACUACGAUGCGUACCGAAACUUCUUUUGACUUCGGUCUCAAAUCUGAUAGCAUAUUUUACAAAUUGAGUCAUUUUGGUUUAAUCAAUUACUCAGACUUCCUCUUUUUAUUGACACUACUCUCAGUUUCUCAUCGCCAUUUCAAAAUUGCUUUUCGUAUGUUCGAUCUCAAUGGGGACGGCAAUGUUGACUAUGAAGAAUUUGAAAAAGUCCAAAAUGCUAUACUUCAUCAAACAAGCAUUGGUCAAAAAUUAGGCUCUCAAAUCAAAACCAAUUACAGAGGUGUUAGUUCUGCUUUGGCAAAAUAUUUCUUCGGGCCUGAUUUGAAAGAAAAGUUAACAAUCCAAAAGUUUCUUGAUUUUCAAAAGCAACUCCAAGAUGAAAUGUUGACUCUUGAGUUUGACCGAAAAGGGCCAACAUCAGAUGGUAAAAUCUCCGAAACCAAAUUUGCUGAAUUGAUGAUUGCUUAUGCUGGUUUUCCUGAGAAAAAGAAGAACCAAAUGAUAAAAAGAAUAAAAAAGACCUACCCUUCAGCCACCAUGGAUCAGCCUGAUAGAGGAAUUACUCUCAAAGAUUAUCUCACUUUUCACCAUUUUCUUCAAAAUAUAAAUGAUGUUGAUAUUGCAUUGACAUUUUAUAAUAUAGCAGGAGCUUCCAUUGAUGAAGAUACUUUUCGACACGCAGCUAAGACGGUUGCUAAUGUUGAGCUUCGCGAUCAUUUGAUCAAAGUUAUCUUCAUUCUCUUCGAUGAAAACGAGGACGGACAACUCAGUAACAAAGAGUUUAUUGCAGUCAUGAAGGAGCGGCUGAAAAGGGGUCUUGGGCGACCCAAAGAUACAGGAUUUAUUAAAGUCAUGUCUGCAAUAUGGACUGCCAUGAAAAACGAGCUAUUUUAAACGCUUUCACUCAUUUUAACCUUUAACUAAGAUCUGAUGCGCAAUAUAAAUGCUAUUCUAUUGUAACCACUGGGCAAUCUUGUUUUGUUUGCUUUCAAAUUUUAAACUCAAGUUUUUGUUGCAGUCACAAAACUGUCAUAUUGUUUAUCUAGAUCUUUCUGGUCUAACCUAGUACUAUAAAAGACUCUAAGCGAUUUACAGGUGAUUUUGCUUGACCUUUUUAUUUUGUCCAUUAAACUAACUACUCUUUAUCUUGUAUUAAUUGUGUUUAUCGAUAAAAAUGUCUAUUAAUUAUGAUGA